AUGUCGUACGAAGACCGCGCCAAUGCGCGCCCCAGCCUGAAUGAUGAGUCUGAUGUCGAGGAGGAGACUAUGGCCAACGACUACCGUGAGCAGGUCAACUUUGAUGACAGCAUGAGCGAGCUGGACCGGACAACUUCCCUUGGUGGUUCACAAACCCAGGACAUUCAGGCACAGCUGGCCGCCGCCGCUACCCCGCUGGAAUACCAGGCGACUCUGGAGACCAAGUUCGCUAGCUACGAUAACUACUGCAGUCUCUUCCACUACAUCCUGAACUCGGAAGGUCCCGUGGACCUGGAGGUUCCCUCGUACUACUGGGCCUGGGAUGUUAUUGACGAGUUCAUCUACCAAUUCGAAUCCUUCUGCCGCUACCGUACCCGGAUCGCUCGCACUGGAUCCAACGAGGAGGAGGCCCAGGUGCUUCGUGAGAACCCCAACACAUGGGGCUGCUACUCCGUUCUUAACGUCCUCUACUCGCUCAUCCAGCGCUCUCAGAUCAAUGAGCAGCUGGCCGCCAUCAAGCGGGGCGAUGACCCCCUCGCUGUUGCCGGCGAGUACGGAUCCCGCCCACUCUACAAGAUGCUGGGUUACUUCUCCAUUGUCGGUCUGUUGCGCGUGCACUGCCUGCUUGGUGACUUCAGUCUCGCCCUGAAGACUCUCGACGAUAUCGAGAUGAACAAGAAGGCCAUGUUUGCCCGCGUGAUGGCCGCUCACUUCACCACGUACUACUACGUCGGUUUCUCCUACAUGAUGAUGCGCCGUUACGCCGACGCCAUCCGCAUGUUCAGCCACAUCCUGGUCUACGUCUCCCGGACCAAGAACUUCCAGAAGGGCGGUAACAACUACGACGCCAUCGCCAAGAAGAACGACCAGAUGCUCGCUCUGAUUGCCAUCUGCGUGGCUCUGCACCCCACUCGCCUGGAUGACACCAUCCACACUGCCGUCCGUGAGAAGUACGGUGAGCAGUUCCACCGCAUGCAGCGUGGAGGCCCCGAGGCCCUGCCCGUCUUCGAGGAGCUGUUCCGCUCCUCCUGCCCCAAGUUCAUCAGCCCCACUCCUCCUGACUUCGAGAACCCUGCCUACAACGUCGACCCCGUCGACCACCACACCGCCAUCUUCAUGGAUGAGGUCAAGAACACCCUGUUCAACCCUACCAUCCGCUCAUACCUGAAGCUCUACACCACCAUGGACCUGAAGAAGUUGGCUGGCUUCCUUGAGGUGCAGCCCGAGCAGCUCCGCUCCUGGUUGCUGGUGAACAAGCAGCGCAGCCGCCAGAUCCGCUGGGUCGAGGGCAGCUUGCUUGAGGGUGACUCCACCAUCUCUAACGACCUCGACUACGCUCUCGAGGAUGACCUGAUCCACGUCAGCGAGACCAAGACCGGUCGCCGCCUGGUGGACUGGUACCUGCGCAACCUUGCCCGAGUCUACUAA